AUGCCCCAAGCCUUACGCGAGCUUUCCUGCAACCAGCGACACGAUGUGAUCCGACACCUACACCAGUUCAUUAAAGGUGGAUGGUUGACCCACGGCGCUUUUGCCAAAACUGCAAGAGAACUCGACGUCAGUGCGCGCGUGGUCUCCGCUAUCUGGCGCACAUUCCGCGGCGGUGGAAAGAUCGAAUCCAACAAGGCAGGCAACGUUGGUCGGCCUAAGCGCUACACGGUUCAAGACGUCCAGCAGCGCGUGGGCGCUGUACCGUUCGAACAGCGCUCCACAAUGCGUGACAUUUCGGUCGCUACGGGCAUCCCUGUCGGAACCAAGAACGCGUCCAAUUUUGCCGCGUACGCUACGCUCGCGGAGACAGCCGGCCAUGCCGGCGCCGGCGAAGCCGGUCCUUGCGUCGAGUUCGACCCCCUAUGGGACGUUGUCCACUUGGAUGAGAAGUGGUUCAAUGCGGACAAGGACCGCCGAACCAUGUACCUGUUGGCAAACGAGGCACCUCCAUGCCGAUCGUGGAAGAGCAAGAGGUUCAUACCGAAGGUGAUGUUCCUGGCCGCCGUUGCCCGCCCACGCUUCGACGAAGGACGCGGCGUCUUGUUCGAUGGCAAGAUUGGAAUGUGGCCCUUCGUCGACUUGGUUCCUGCUGUCCGUUCGUCACGAAAUCGCCCUGCUGGGACUUUGGUCACAACGUUGGUCAACGUCAACGCCAAUGUUUAUCGAGACUAUGUCAUCAACAAGGUCGUACCGGCAAUCAAGGCUUCGUUCCCGAGCACGAACAAGCGCGUCAUCCUGCAGCAGGACAAUGCGACGCCGCAUCGGUCGAUCACGGAUGCCGAGUUGGCGUCUGUGUCAACGGACGGUUGGACGUUUGUGGUACGCCGGCAGCCACCAAACAGCCCAGACUUGAAUGUGCUGGACCUCGGGUUCUUCGCGUCGAUUCAGUCUCUGCAGUUGAAGAAGGUGAGUCGCACUGUGGAUGAGGUGAUCCGGUACACGCUCGCUUCGUUUGAUGAGCUGAGCUAUGAGAAGCUCGAGUGUGUGUUUCUCACCUUUCAAGCGGUGAUGCGGCUGGUACUCGAGCAUGCUGGCGACAACAAGUUUGCCUUGCCACAUCUGAAGAAGGCCGCAUUGCGCCGCGCCGGUCUUCUGAUGUCAAACAUGUCGUGCCCUGUAUCGCUUCUCUUGUAG